AUGCAAAAUAUUACUCAAAACGUUUGUUUGGUAGUCCUCCUGGUUUCGAUGGCAACAUGCAAAAUGGUUCGGGUGCACCAGGAAGUAGAGGAACCGAAUCUAGCUCAAAAACCAACUAGUGCUGUUUUUCGUUCUGAUGGUGAUGAUUGUGGUGAUGAUGUUGUUUGUGGUACUUGUAAUUCUUGUAAUGCUGGUCAUUGUGCUGGUGUUGAUUGUGCUGCUUGA